AUGGAGGACCAAGACGUAGACGUCGCACAGGACGCACCGGAACGGCGAGAACAAAUGCAGGAAACAGACGAGGCGGAACAGGCGCAUCAAACGAAGCAAACUGUGGAAACAGAUGAAACAGAAGAGGAGCGAGCUCAGGAAGGCGACGCAGUGCCGCGAGGACAGAGUUCUCCGUUCAUGUAUGCGUGCAGACUCUGCCGACGUGUCUUGUUCGCCGAUCAGCAUAUCCUUCCCCACGCCAAGAUGGAAAAGCGCAUCUCGGCGGUGGGACCGCCCCCGGCAAAGCAGCGUUCCUGCAACAUGUAUUUCGUGGAGCCGAUGGCCUGGAUGGGAGACGUUCAAGGGGAAUUGACUGGAAAGCUCUGCAAAGCAAAGUUAGGCGCGUGGAGCUGGAUCGGCCUUCCGUGCAACUGCGGCCAGUGGCGGAGUCCAGCUUUUCAGAUUCAGCUUCGCCGAGUAGACAAUCUUCCUCGUGGAGCCGAGGCUGACACUCUGGAAAUCCAAGACAUUUUGUGA